AUGGGGACUGUUGAAACCAUUAACUCUGUUUCUUCUGAUUUUGACGAAGAAGUUAGGAAAAAAAUUUUUCAUUGGAAACGCUCAGUUACUUUGGAAAAGGAUAGGAUGAGUUUACAAUUUUAUGGGCGGGGUAGCAAGGAUUCUUAUAUUGAUCCUCGAAGUGGUUACACGGUGCUAACAUUUCUUUUCCAUCUUAAAAAAGAAAAAUGUUGCGGAAACGGUUGCAGACAUUGUCCAUAUAGUCACAAGAAUGUGCCUCACGACAAAAAUGGUAACCGUGGAACAUACAAUGGAGCCUUUUUCAAAAAUUGGUGA